UGUACCCCCCAAAUCUCCCGGAUGAACGUUGAAAAAAUUCCAACUCAAAACCUCAUGCAAAUAUAUAUGAGAGAGAGAGCGAGAGAGAGAGAGAGAGAGAGAGAGAGAGAUUCACAUAAACAGAACACUCUAAAUGCUGCUAUUUGCUGAUUUUCUCAGUUCAAAUUGAAUAGAGAAACUAGCAACUUACUUUUUUUUUACUUCGUAACAUUGAAACCAUUGCAUAGCGAGCCUGACAGCCUAACAACUCUAUACCACUUGUAAAAGAACCAAAAAACAAACAGCUUGGUGGAGAAAGAAUUACAAUAUGAUGGCCGAUAGACAAUUAGUAGAAUCAUCAUCAUGGUUUUCAAAAUCUACAUCCUCUUCAAUCCUCCAACUCCAUAUCCGUGGUCUACCCUUCACUUUGAACAAGGAACUUAUGGCUGCAAGAUCAGAAAAACUAGUUAUGCUACUUAAAGAGAAUCCCAAUGAAGAUAUCUCUUAUUUACUCCGGGACAUCCCUGCUGAUCCAGAAAUUUUAGAGCUUGUAAUGAGAUUCUGCCAUGGUCUUGAAGUGAACAUGUCAACUGAAAAUGUUGUUCCACUCUCAUGCCUUGCUUACUACCUUGGUAUGACCGAAAAGCACAGCACCAAUAAUCUAUUGAAGAAAACUUUGACCUACUUUGAACAAAGAAUCAUCUCUAGCUGGAAUGAAUCAAUCAAAGCCCUCAGAGCCUCAGGAAAUAUUCUUGAACAAGCAGUGAAUCUUGGUUUGGUUGAUGCUUGUAUUGAAUCCAUUGUAGGCCAGGCACUUGUUGAGCCCCGCCUUCUUGGAGAACCAAUAAAGAAUUCAAUCAAUGAUGAUGACAGCGAGAGCCAGGAAAAUGGGUAUAGGCCAAAUGCAAGAAGGCAGCUUUUUGUUCUUGAUUGGCAGUCACAGGAUUUGAUUUCACUGUCUCUCCAGCUUUAUGAGCCUAUCAUUCAGACAAUAAUUCAGCGUCAUGUCCCAGCAGAGUAUGUUGCAGCAUCUCUCUCUCGGUAUGCAAAGAAAUGGGUAUUUUCUAAAAGUACAAAAGCGGAUAAUAUGUCUAUUUACAAGAAGAACUCCCAAAGAGAAGUUAUUGAAGCACUGGAAAGACUUUUCCCUAGAGAGAAAGGACUCGUUCCAUCCACUUUGUUGUUUGAAAUGCUACAUUCUGCGAUGUUCUUGGAAGCAAGCUCUGAUUGUAGAGAAGGGUUUGAGGUUAGGAUUGGAAAACAACUAGACCAAGCUACAGUCAAAGACCUUUUAAUACCUUCUCAAGGAUAUGCUAGAGAAGCGAAAUGUGAUGUGGAAUGUGUGAGGAGGAUUUUAAAGAACUUUUACUGCAAUUACACUCAUUCAGACGUUUCUGGAUUAAUUACAGUGGCACAACUCGUUGAAGAUUUAUUGGCAGAGGUUGCAAAUGAUGUAGAUUUGAAGACAAUCACAUUUAUAUCAAUUGCUGAAAUGUCGAAUUCAGUAUCAGUGGGAAUUCAGCGCAGCUCUGAUGGGAUAUACAGAGCGAUUGACAUCUACUUGGAUAAGCAUAGACAUUUGACAGAGUCAGAGAGAGAAGAGGUGUGUCGGGUUUUGGAUUGCCACAAAAUGUCUCAAGAAGCUUGUGAACACGCUGCACAAAAUGAACGGUUGCCAUUGAGAGUGGUGGUGCAGAUACUAUUUGCGGGGCAUUUACACUUGAGAGAUACCAUCACAAAGGAGGUGCAGGGUUCAGAUGAGAGAUUGACAAAGCUGAAGACAGAGGACGAGGAAGAAGCAGAGAGGGUAAGCAGUAGUGAAGAAGAGGUGAAAAUAGAGAUGGAGAAAAUGGGGAGCAAAGUGAUGGAGUUGGAGAGAGAAUGCUGUAUAAUAAGGAAAGAGAUUCAGUGCAGUAGAGGCAAAAAAGAAAAAUUUAGCGUGUGGAGAGAAAUGAAGCGCAAGUUUGGGUGCAUGAGUAGCAUGAAUGAUUUUAAUUCCCAUUUGAAGAAGAAGAAGAAGGUGCAUCCAAGACAGUGAGUAUGGAAAUGAAUUUGAUGUUCUUAGCUCUUUCUUUUCCCUUAUUUUCUUUUCUUUUCUUCCCUUUUUCUUGCGUACUAUUAUUUCAAUCAACCUACUCCUACUAAUAAAGACCUUCACAAUAGUGAAUACAAAGCUAGCCAAUCUAACUCAAUGACUGAAGUUUAUAUGAACUAAACCUGUUGCAUUUAUUUCAAGCAAUAACAGAUGUUGUUUUAUCCAUGUUAA